CUCGAAGUUUAAGCUGCCGAAGGUUGAUAAGAAGAAGAAGAGGAGGAGAGUUAUGCUAUCUACACCUACAAGGUUCUUCGUCAAGUCCAUCUUGACACUGGUAUCUCGUCGAAGGCAAUGUCGAUCAUGAACUCCCGUUCGAAUAGCGCGCUUUUUUUGGGUAUCCGUUGAAUUUCUGGAAUAUCAAGUUUUCUCAUAUUUUAGUCGUGUUUUACUGCAACAAAUUUGCGAAAUCAAUGCGGAAGAUGGUAAUUAAGCUUUCUAUGUUUUGUAGUGUACAAUUUGGCUCCAUUGUUGCUUCGUAACUUGACCUGGGAUACUAAUUACCCUACUGAACCUCACUUUCCUUGUUUAAGAUUUGUUGGGGUCGACAAAACAGCGUAUUGAGAAUAACUUAGCAGUCAUGGGUACCCUGAGUUUGUGUGAAUCGUUGUUAUCCUCAAGAAUUAGGACGAAAUGUCGAGUAACCGAUAUUCGUUAUUCCAGUCAGUAAUAAGGGAUAAUUUUGGACAGGGGCGUCCUCUUCUGUUCGCAUAGACUCAAAAAACAAUUUCGAGCAGAUGUAAUCUGGAUCUUGGCUAAUUUCAGAAGGCGAACUCUUACAGGUCAUUUAAGAUUCGUUCAAAGGUCGUCCAUGUUCUUUAGUCUCGCCCCAGUGUCUUCAACUUGUAAAAAAAGUACAGGACGAUUACGUAACGUAUGCAAGUAUCGUGAACCGGGAAUGUGAGCGGUUCCGAUUACAGGAAAUGUCCUCAGAUCAAUUCAAGUGCCUUAUUUUUGUAUGUGGAUUACAAUCUUCAGUAGAUGCAGAUAUUAGAGCACGGAUUCUAAUGAGAAUCGAACAAGAUCCUAAUAUCAGUCUACAAUCAGUAUCUGAAGAGUGUCAAAGAAUGGUUAAUUUGAAGCAUGACACGAAUCUCGUAGAAAGGAACAGUGAACACGUGGGAAUUAAUGCUUUAUGUAAAUCUUUAAAUGAAAAUAAAGAUUCGAACUCCCAGAAAAUCCCAAAUCAAGUGAAACACAAAACGUCAUGUUGGCGAUGUGCCUCCUGCAGAUACUCCACCGAAAACAGAUAUGGCACGGGUGACUUCGUCCUACACCGUUAUUAAUGCUUCCGAUAUUCUGGAGGGAUAUAAGUUCGAAACUUCUAAAAGCCCCCAACUUAGCAUGUAUCUAUUCUCGACCAUCAGUUAUAUGUUGCAACGCUACCUCCAUAAAGUGCGCCAAGUGUGAUAUUGAUAUUGACAUGUUUCUUAUGAAAUCCAUUUACAUUCAUAUCUUAUGAAAUAUCAACCCAGCCGAGUAAUUUUCAACAGUGAAAAUUGUAACUUCUUUAACAAUUCGAUCUUGCCUGUAAACCGGCAUGCCUCAUGUAACAAUCUGUUAUUUGAGAAUAAAUUAUUAUUAUUAUCAUUACCCAGACAGAGCGAACAGGAUUCAGCGAAGCCAAAAGAUGCACAAACAACAGAUUGUUGAGAAAUGUGGUGAAGAGGAAAGAAUCAUCAAUAACUAGUCCUCUUUACGAACAAAAAUACGGUUCGGAAUGUAACGAAGUGCGGAGAAAUGACAAGAACUGUUUACUGCGAAAAGUUCUUUGUGUUUGUACUUUUGAUUCCAUUAUAUAUAGAACUUAUAAACAGAUUUCUCUGCAUCAAAUUUUGCUGUUUUUGUACCAAUAGAAAUGAUGCAUCAAUAAACUUUUGCCCAAUUUUCAUUUUCGUCUUCAUAUUUUUAUGGGGAGGCAUGCCGACAAUUUUAACUGGUGACUUUGUGCUUGUGUUAUAAGUACCAGUUUCACAGCACUUAUGUACCCAAAAGAUGUUUUUUGAAUAAAAGUAAUAAUAAUAUUACUGGUG